CAAACGGAGGGAGGGAGGGAGGGAGGGGGAAACGGCGUAUGCUUGUAUACAACCCUGAUUUCCAUUUUUUUCCCAACUCGUAAUGUAUUUAAUUCAAGUGAAACGUAAUCAUGACGUGUCGUGUCAUUAAUCUGCUCGCCGCCUCUCCCAAAAUUAAAGGAGGAGGCUGCAACAGAAGUGUGUCCCCCAUCAGCCGAGACACUAAAGAAUGGCAUAACAUCACACACACUGCUGAGGAUGGAUUCUCCGCCGGAGUGUGUGUUGUCUCUUUCUUGUGAACAACCCCAGUCACCCCCAACACUGCCAUCCCUGGACCACAGCCCUCAGGCUUCCUCUCCUCACACCCUGCUCUCUCUACCCGACAGCCCGGUCGUUCUGCCCAUUCACAGUCCCGAACCUUCCCCUCAGAGCCUGGACACCACGCCUUAUUUCUCCCUCUCUCCUUUCCCCCUCCACGAGGAGACUAACAACAAUCACCACGACGUUGAUGAAGACGAUGACGAGGAAGGACUGGAUGGAGUUCCUCCGUCCCCUACCCCAGCAGUGGCUCUGUUCCCAGGAGGAGGGGGACAAGAGGCUGGAUGCAGCCCGUGCUUGGACUCCUCUCCACCGGCCACGCCGUCGGCGCCAGUCCCUGGGUUUGGAGCCCUGGAGCUGGCCCUUUCAUCGGGGCAGGGUGGUAACUGCAGUGAUGAGCUAGACCUCCAGCUGUUUCAGAAGGAUACUGUCACCAGGACGAUACCAGGAGUGGGAGGGGCUCCAUCAGGGCCUGCGCUCAGGUUUCCCUGCCAUGUAUGUGGGAAGAGAUUCCGGUUCCAAAGUAUUUUGUCUCUCCAUGCCCGAGCUCACAGUCUGGACAGAGACCGCAGAGCUUCAGCCCUAUACCGGACCGGACUCCCGUCAGCACCCCUAAAGCAGCACCUCAAAAUGCAACAGAACCACAAAGACUUAACACAGAAUCACAGAAGUCACCCAAACCAGCGUUUACUGCCAGGAACUCUCAUCCAACAUCUCACAGAAGAAGAGGAUGUUGACGGUGAGGUCAAAGGUCUAGACGACAGCCUACAGACAGACCAGAACCCAAACUUUUUACUGGAUGACAGCACACCAUUGACCCCUCCUCUUACAGAAGACCCUGUUUCUGUGACCUCUCCCUAUUCUUCUACCAUUGUGGAGGGUGCGUCUACUCCCAUAGCGCCUACGUUUCGCUGCCAUGCUUGCAAAGGAAAAUUCCGCACGGCUUCGGAGUUGGCGCGCCAUGUCCGCAUUCUCCACAACCCGUAUAAAUGCACUCUUUGUCCUUUCUCUGCCAGCCAAGAAGAGAGCCUGGCAUCUCACUUGCAGGAGUGCCACCCUUCCCCUGAGGUACCUGCUCUGCCACCGGCCUUCAAUUCCAGGCCAGUUAUUGCAACCCCAGACACCCCUGUGCCGACACCGACUCAUACACCAGCCCCAACCCCAAGUACCACACAGGUGACACCAGCUGCCUCAGUGGCUGCGUCUCCCGCACUGCCAGCAUUUCGCUGUGACACUUGUGGACAGCGGUUUACCCAGUCUUGGUUCCUGAAGGGACACAUGCGAAAGCACAAGGACUCCUUGGAUCAUAAGUGCCAGGUAUGUGGCCGUGGCUUCAAGGAACCUUGGUUCCUCAAAAAUCACAUGAAAGUACAUCUCAACAAGCUUGGGUUAAAGGCCGGGCUGGGAGCCCUUGGGGGACCAGGAGGUGCUGAGCAGCAAGCCAAAGGCUCUGCUAAUAAUCAGUCUCUCAAUGCCCUCUACUCAAGCCUCCUCCUGGCCCAGCGAGGAGGUGCCAGAGGUGGACAAGGAAGAUCAGAGAGCAGCAGAAUUGGGAUGGGAUCCAGCAAGUCAGCCAUCCUAGGCUACUUAGGGUUGCCCAGUGAUGGAAGUGGGGCCAGCUGCAUGGAGAGACUUCAAGCAGUGGCUCAGGUGGCAGAGAUGGGAAACGGUGGCGGUGGUAUUGGAGGCUCAGGAGGAGGGGGGACAACUAGAGGAGGGGGCACAGGUGAAACCACAGCAUCCGUUUCAGAAGGUGGGGACCAGGCUACUUGGUGGCAGUUGGUAGCUCGCAGUCUGGCAGUAGCGCAGCAGCAACAGCAGCAGCAGAGACCCCACCAGCGAGGCCAGCAGCAAGGUCAGCGAGGCCCAGGUCGGAGCUCGGUGAUCACAGAAGCUGACCAAGUCAGAGCAUAUCUUGGAGGCCUGGAUCCGAGAGAAGAGUCCGGGGGUGCAGGAGGGCCGUGGGAAUGCCCAGACUGCGGAAAGCUAUUCCGCAGCCUGCAGCAGGUGGUGGUUCAUGCUCGCGUUCACACUCAGAGGCCCCCAAAAGGAGGUGGUGGCGAAGAAGAAAGUAGUGGUAGUAGUCGUAGAGGAGCGGGGCUUGGACGAGGAGGCACCGGUGAAGUGAGGCAGGAAUCUCAGCUACACGGUGGUGGAUCCCAACAAACAGGAGAAGCGAGGCAGGAAUCAAAACUGCACGGUGGUGGUUCACAACAAGCAGGAGCAGCUGCAGGGUUUCACUCUGUCAUCUCAAGCUUCAAAGGAGAAAAUGGCUUGACAGCAGUCUCCUCCAUACCUUCAGUUCCCACCAGGGAGCGAGUGCGUGGUAGAGGAAUAAAAGACUGCCCCUACUGUGGUAAAGCCUUCCGCUCUUCACACCAUCUCAAAGUACACCUGAGAGUUCACACAGGUGAGAGACCCUACAAAUGUCCCCACUGUGACUAUGCGGGUACCCAGUCGGGCUCGCUGAAGUACCACCUCCAGCGGCACCACAGGGAGCAACGCAACGCCUUGGCAGCCUCUUCCAAUUCCUCCUCCUCUGGUCUCACCUCUACUAUCAACAGUCUGACCUCUGGAACCUCCGGGCUAGGCAAGCAGCGCCGAUCCCAGCUCAACCACUGCCCGGUCAACCGAGGCCCAACCGACAGCUCCGCCUCUCGGCCCAGCCAGCAGUCAUGGCUCCUGGGUCUUCCAGACCAACGGGAGCAUCGGAAGGCCUUGGCAGCUCUAAGGGAUGUUGACUUGGAGACUCAGUACAGGUAUCUCUCUGGGGUGAUGGGGGCCCUUUACCAAGGUGGAAUGGAAGGGGGCUGGAUCAGGGAGUCUCCUCCACCGAAGGCCCCUAAAGUGUCCCGUCGUAAGCCCCUCACUACAAGCCGAAUGGUUCAGCCGUCGAGUGACAAGGAAGGGUCUGCACCUUCAACUCAAGAGGGUGGGUUUGAACCCCUGGAUCUGUCCCGUCGCCCCUCACCUGGAGGGAUGGAGGAGGAUGGAGGCAUGAGCUUAGGGGAAGGAGGAGGUGUAAGUGGUGGUGAUAGCGGAGGGGAUAGUUCAUCAGGGGUCAAACUGAGCCAGUGUUUGUUCUGCCCUUUUCGUACAUCCUCAGCAGAGCUGAUGGCCAUGCAUCUCCAGGUCAACCACACCAGUAAGUCCAGGCGUAAAAGAGGUCCUUCGACUACCUUGGAUGAUGAUGGAGCCCCAAAGGCCACCAAGCCCCGGACGGAUCACUGUGACCUUGACUCUCUGACAAUAUGGAGGCAUGUGAGGGAGGCAGAGUCCCAGGCACCCAUCGGGGAAUGGUCCUCAACUGAGGCCAAAACCUUGAACGGGCUAUCUGAGGAUACAGCAGAACAUCUGGACGACAUCCUCAACCACCCAGAUUCCAACAUGGCCUCAGUAUCCAAUAAUUUAAGAGAAGUUCUGGACCCCAAGGAAAAAAUGGAGGGGGAUGAGGAAGAACAAGAGGAGGAAUUGGAAGAGAAUUUGGAUAACAGCAGUCUGGAGGAUUCACAGGACCAGGAUCUGAGGAUGUCCCUCGCUCUGUCACCAGCUUCGAGCUCCAACCACAUGGUGGGAGAAGAGGAAAGGGUCUUAACAGAUUAAAAUGGAUGACACCAUUUAAAUUGGAGAAUUGGGUCCGAUGGUUUCAACUAGAUUUGACACAGAAAUGAAGAAGAGGCGGGUGGCUUUGCAGAGAGAGAAAAAGAGGUUUAUUAGGGUCAAAUGAAUAUUUGCCUCUUUAUGCUUUCAUUUCUGGACAGAGGACCAAUGAGGUUUUGAAAAAGACGGAGAGAAAAAUCAAUGCUCUUAUGCUUCCUCCGAAAUGAUUCGUCUACUUCAGUUCUGACAGUGUGGUCGUUAACAAAAUAAACUUCCUGCACAAAAGAGCAUGGAUGCAUCUUUUCAGGAUUGCGUAGAGGCCACUUUUUUUUUUUUUGUCUUUUUGUUGUUCAAGCUUCACUCCGAGACAGAUGAUUUUUAAGAUGACCUCCUGUUUGAUAAAUGAAAAAGAAACAUGUAUAAGAUCUAGGGCAGAUCCUGCAUCAUUCCACAUGCAUUAAUUCCACACUAAUAAUGGACUAUAUAUCCCAGACUACUAUACUGACCGCGUUGAAGCCAGCUGUGAAGAGAUGGUCAGGAGAGCAGUUUGAAACCUCAAACUUCAUGUUCCUCCUCAGCCCACGAGGAUAUAGAGGAACGUCAGCUAAGCUAUUUGGUAUUAAUUUAAGGCAUGAGGUAACUGUUGCAGGCCCCUUGCUUUCCCUCAACUAUAUAUCACUGCCUUGUUUGUCUGAAAAGUGUUUCUAGACGAUUGUUCUAAAGAAAAACAGAAAGAAAAAGUUUGUAACAGUUUUUCUUUUUCAGUUAGUGCCUGUUCAUGUAUGUUGUCGAGAGUCUCUGGUAUUCCUUUGCAUCGAGGCUCUGAUAGGUCAUUCAUUUUAUCUGAAUAUACAGUUUAAAAUUUAAGUACAGUAUAUUUGUUCAAAGUGGUUCUAGGGUGUUGUGAAUAGUUAAGUUGUAAAAGAAAUGCUACAUCGUAGCGCGACGUCCCGGACACGGGCGGCUCAGCUUGAAAAGAAAAGAAAAAAAAAAAGAAGUAGCGAUUGAUAUAAAUAAUGUAUAACGCGAUUAAAAGAGGUCAAAGGCUGAGCGGUAGAAAAAGGGUCGCGGUUUCCGAAAUUUUCAGUGUUUACAAUGGUUGCUGGACGCGGGUUCGGUCGCCAAGGUGGCGUAGAUGCGCGGAAAAAGAACAAAACCCAGAGCGGGGAGUCUUGUUUGAGGUGCCGUAGGGACGUCGCUCAAAUCCCCGCCCAUCCCCAAACACAAUCAACUGACACCCUUUUAAAAGAGACAGAGACUUAGCAACUGUGUGAAAAAAAAUAAAAGGAACAAUGUUUUCCUCCAUAGGAGAGAAGAUACAAGGGUAGAGAACGAAAAAAGAAAGCAGUAUCCCUGCCAAACAGGACUAAAUCUGAGAAACGAACUGUACUCUCGGGGGUACGGUGUCUCUUUUAGAUGAGUAGGUUCCCUCUCUUCUUCUUUUUUUUUAUAAGAAAAGAAAAGACAAUGGUAGGAAUAAUUAUUAAAACACUAACAAAUGCAUAGACAUCCCAGUAGAAUAUGUGUAGCUUUUGUAAAGACAAGAAAAAAAAAAAAGAAGCAGACUUUUGUUUAUUUUCAUUUCAAGAUGCUUACAGAAAAAGGUUAUCAAUAUAGGUAAUAUUGAUUAUAAUGUUUGUGAGCUAAGACUAGUUGGAAUGUCUAUACAGAGCACUGUGCAAGGUUUGAGUUCCCAAAGUAGUUGUUUUUAUUUUGACUUUUAUCGAUAGACCAAACGUUUUUUCAAUGGAAGUUGUCACUUUCUGUUGUCGUUUUAAAUGUGUAAAGCUGUGGUUUUCAAUAGAUCUACCCCAUUGAUUGUCGGUCAAUCUGUUGAUCAGCGUAUCAGAUAUCCAACCGUCGAACUGGUUGUUAAAGAAAGUUCAUAUUCAGAGUACAUCAACACAUCUGUUGCUACAAAUUGAAAACAAUCAACCUCUUCUCACGGAUUCUUGUGUUUUGAAGGUAUAUUCAGGGGAUGAACAAAUACGUAUUAACCCCUUACACUGGUUACCAACCACUAUUUAUCUACUUGGACUACUUCUUGAUGGGGUAUUCUAUGAUUACAACCACACUUUAAUGUGCAUUAAUGUGUUUCAGUUCUUCUUUUUUUUAGAGCACCUUAUGAGUUUUUGUAGUGAAAGUCCCUUAGUGGUGUCUCCUUAACAACUACUGUCAAUGCCAUCGUGCCUUCUGUUUCAAGCACUUCCUGGUGUAUUUUGUAAAACUCACCAAAAGCACUUAGCCUAAAUCUACACACUCUUUCUUCCCCUCCGUCUCUGUCCUUCCACAUCUCUCUCUCCCUUUUUUUUCCCACUCUUCUCCUUCAUCACCUCGGCCCUAUCUUCCCCUAAUCUUUAUCUCGUGUCUUCGUCAGAUUUCUCUCCUCCUCCUCCUCAGGCCCGUACGGCCUUAAACAAGGUCACUAGGCCUUAUUAUUAUUAUUAUAAUCUAGCGUGGCUAGACUCUUGAAAGAAUGGACUACCUAACCUUUAGGCGAUUUAAAAAAUCAUUAUAGAUGUAGGGUUUGACUACUUUUUGGUCCUACUACUAACCCUUGGUAAACCAAAGCCCAAGUCUAAGUCUGAUGAAUAUUAUAUUUAAUCUUAUAAAAAGGUGCCAAAACAUGUCCGAGAUGACACUAAAGCAUGUAUCAACUUAAGAAAACAAAAGAAUUCACCUGUCCUCUUUCUUUCCCUCGUCCUCCCUCCUUUCCUCGCUCUCUCUCUCUCGUGCUUGCUCUCCCUCCAUGCCCCUCUCUGCUCCGUAAACUGUUUAUCUCUAGCACCACUUGAAGGUGACGUUGUACUAUCUGGUAUUGAGGCCUUUAUUAGAUUUUUAUUUCAGUUCGUGUGGUGUUUGUUCGAUGCCGUUGAGAUGGAAAAAUGCUCUUCUUAUAAUGAUAAUUAUUAUUAUUGUUUUGGCAUUAUGGUUAAAAAAAAGAAAAAUCAAAAGACAAAAAAAAAAAGAGAACUGUGUUGUUGAAUGUUGUACAGAUAGCACUAGAGAUGUUGUGUUUCUUAAAGAGAGCACAAACCCGAGUGAUGGUCCCUUCUACUCCUCCCACAGGCAGAUGGGAAUAAAACAGCCUGCCAAUCAAUCGAAAUGUCUAAUGACAGAAAUUUCCUCUGCGAUGACGUGAUUUUCAAAAUAAACCUCUUUUUUGUCUAAAUAGGAGAUUUGAAUGUAAAACGGCAGCCUUUGACUCAAACUCCGUUUUCAAAUUCCUUGCACAGAAGCCAACGUUUGUACUCUUUUGGACGUUUCAGUUAGAUGAACACAUCGGCGUCCAUAAGCACUCGAACUUGAGCCCGUUUUAGCUCAUUUAUAUCUACGGGAUUAGGAGCAUCUUUGAAAACUGGUGAAAUACACAUUUCUAAAUCUCCAAAGAUGGACAGUUGGGUUAUUUUAACCAUCUGUGUGUAUUUAUAUAACUGCUAUUUCCACUUAAAGAAGUGAGAUUAUAUCAACUGUCUGUUUUGGGUGCCACCAGCCACAGUGGAGGGAUAGAAUAUGUCCAAACUCUUCCGUGUUUGAAUGUGUAUUUCGCCUCAUUUCUUUGAGAUCCAUUCACUAACUGAGCAAAAGAAACUUCAAAGACGUAAGCGUCUUUAAGUUGGAAAAAUUGAAACUAUUUCUUUACAUCCGCAUGUGUUUUUGACUGAAUACAAUGUGGCUUCCUUGUAAUUUUUCAAACAUAUGUGAAAAUUGCACCUUAUUAUCUCCUGAUCGAGAUGAUUUCACCAAAAGGACGAGGCUAUAAUUUAGCGGGCCGAUCCUACACAUCUAUCUAUUAUUAGGUAUGAUCGUUUUUUUUGAAGGUGUCGCUCGUGACGAAAUGACAAAUCGUUUUUUUUUUUUUGCGAGGUGAGGGGGCCAUGCUGGGUUUGGGCUCUUGUGUAGUUUACUGCCAUUGCAGUGAGGGAAAACUGAUCUAACAUAGUAGUGACUAAUAUGACUUUGUGGACAGAUAAAAAAAAAAUAAAAAUAAAAUGCAUUAGAAAUAAAUAAACACAAACAAAAUAA